GCAUAUAAUUAGCAACCAUAUCACUUUUAUGUCUCACUUUUUCCAACGUGGGAAAAUAAAAAAAAACACGUUGAUAAAGUCAUGUCACCCAAACAAAAAAAUCAAGAAUACAAAUAAUGUGGUUAGGAGUUAGGUCUAGUAGAAAUUGUUUUUGUGUGUUCCCCUUCUCUUUUGCCUUGGACAUCUUAGUUCAGUUAAACUUUUUUCAUUCAUCAUAUCCAUGAGUUAGCUUUUUCUUGAUUUUGCUCAUUGAUCUAGUUGUUUUUAGUUGAGACAUUUGUGGUGUAGUUGAUUGAUUAUUAACAUAUCGUUCAAUUUGGGAUGAAAGAUGUACAGUUGAUUGAUUGUUAACGCGUCAUUAAAUUUUAAGAGGAUUGAGGUACAAUUGGUUGAGUGCAUCGUACAAUUGCAUUGGUUGACUGAUUGUUCACAUGUUUGUUUAAUUUUGAGAUAACUGAGGACUUAUAUAGUUGAUUGAUCGUUAAAGUGUUGCUUAAUUUUAUGAGAAGUGAGUGGUAUGAUGGAGUCGCUGUGCGAGGUCUGUAAAUCAGAUGUAGCUAGAGUUUGCUUGCAUUGUGAUGGAAAUGUUCAUUCAGCAAACUGCACAUCUCCAAAGCACAUGGGUUCGCUCAUUUGUGGCAAAUGCAAUUGUACGAUGCACUCAAUGUGCUUAUGCGAAGGCUGUGAUUCGAGUAGUGAAAAUGGUCAUCAUCAGCACCAGAAGUUGGAUACUUGUAGUGGUUGUCCUUCUCCAUCUGAGUUGAUCAACAAGAUUUUGUCUGCAAGUUUUGAUGAUCAAAUGGCUAAUCCUACUAACUCAUUGAGUGUCAAUGAAGGCUCUGUAGUGGCUAGCAAGCUCAAUGAGUUAGCUUCUUGUUUGAAGUUUCAACAAUGGCUCAUUUCAACUCCAGCAAUUCCUUCAAGUUCAACAUACUUGACAAGUUACAACAUAGACCAAACACCUUUCUUCUCCGAGGGAUCUAGCAUCACUAAGCAAAGUUGUAGAACUAUUAAGGAUCUUGGAGUUCAGGAAGGUGAUGAUCUCGCGAAAGGUGUUGAUCUGGACGAAUUGAGUUCUAAUUCUAGUUACAAUAUUUUCAGCAGUUCACAACACAGUCAUUCGAGUUAUCAUAGUGAAGAGAAGGAAUUGGAUUGCCUAGCCUUGGAGAAAAAAUUAUCUGCCACUGAUUCUAACAGUCAUGCUGAAACUGCUCUAGAGCAUGAGUGCAUUGGAUUUCAGUCUUCACAAGAGGUUGCCACUGCAAAGUUGAUGCUUAUGAAUCAGAGUUGCAACAACAAUAUUGGCUUAGUAUUUCCACCAGCAUCAGUUCAUUCAAGAUUAUCACCACUCCUUUUCACCAACGAACCAUCACGGGCUUGGAGAUCGGAAGCUAAUUUUCAACAGGCGCGGAAUGAAGCUAAGAUGCGAUAUAAUGAGAAAAAGAAAACUAGAACGUUCAAUAAGCAAAUAAGAUAUGCUUCAAGAAAGGCCAGGGCAGAUACCAGAAGACGCGUCAAAGGCAGAUUUGUUAAGGCUGGGGAAGCUUAUGAUUAUGAUCCAGAAGUAACAAAGGAUAUGUCAGAACGAGCGCCUUGGAGCAAUGAUAAGGUUGUUUCUGUAUGAUUUAUAGAUCACGAGUUCAACUCGUGGAAUCAUUCAUAAUGUUUAUGUCAAAGUAGAGUGUCUACAUUACAUACUCCUCAGGAUGCAACCCUGUUUGAACACGCCUCAGGAUGCAACCCUGUUUGAACACGGAAUACUUCGUGUGCCUGGAUACCUAUUCUUUAAUUAGUAAUAAGGGAGAUGUGGCUAAGAAAAAUGAUUUAUGUCCCUUCUACUUGUCAAAUCUUGCCAAAGUACUUAAGGUAUCACAGAGCAAAGAUACUCAAGUUCCUUUUGUGACCUGCAAAUUGUAACGUGUUGAAGAUAUAAUUAAGUAAACGAACGUGUACGCACUCCAGCAGUUUAAAUUUUUA